UUUGCAUGCAAAUUUGGACACUGUGCGCACUGGUGUAUGGAGUUUCGUUGAACAUGGCUGACGCUGAGUUCGAAGUUGCAUGAUAACAUCCCAACAGCAGAAACUGAGAAAAAGAAUUAUCCUUUCAGGCAUUUGAAGCAGCUAUGGAGACAAAAGAUAAAGUUGUGGACCACGUUAACGUCCAGCAGUUCAAAAGUUUGUCACGGAAAGAUGCAUUCGAGCGAAUGGAAACAGAGAUCAACAAGCUCAUUGAAUUCGCACCGGCGCCACAGAAAGAUCUUGCUUCAAAAGAAAUGAACAACUUCAAGGGCUUGUUUAAGAGGUACCUACAAGAGACUGGGCCUUCUGUCGUCUGGGAAAAGAUCCAUCCACCUCCCAAAGGAUUGGUUGUGAAUUAUGAUGAGGUAUCCCAUGCUGAGCCUGCCGAUAUCAAGGCAGCGCUGGAUAAGCUCGUGGUCAUCAAGUUGAAUGGUGGACUUGGUACCACCAUGGGCCUUGUUGGGCCCAAGAGUCUGAUAUCUGUCACUCAGGAACUGACCUUUCUUGAUCUCAACAUUCAACAAAUUGAGCAUUUGAACAACAAGUAUGGCUCAAAUGUACCCCUGGUUCUCAUGAACUCCUUUAACACCCACGAAGAAACAGUCAAGACACUUCGCAAAUAUGGAGCUGUGAAUGUUAGAAUCCACUGUUUCAACCAGAGUGGCCACCCUAGAAUAGCUACCGAGUCUCUACUCCCUCUGGCUUCAACCUACGAUAAGAACCCAAACAGCUGGUACCCUCCUGGGCAUGGUGACAUAUAUGAGUCAUUCUACAAUUCUGGCCUCCUUCAGAAGUUUAUUGACGAAGGAAAGGAGUACAUGUUUGUUGCCAACAUUGACAACUUGGGAGCAACAGUUGAUUUACACAUACUAAACUACCUUCUAAGUGAGUCUAGAAAGGCACCGUGUGAGUUUGUCAUGGAGGUUACUGAUAAGACAAGAGCUGAUGUCAAGGGAGGCACACUCAUUGAAUAUGACAACAGACUCCGACUACUUGAGAUUGCACAAGUUCCCAAGCAGCAUGUUGAUGAAUUCAAGUCAGUGAGCAAAUUUAGGAUUUUCAACACCAAUAAUUUAUGGGUGAAUCUGAAGGCUGUGAAACGCCUUGUUGAAAAACAGGCCAUGGACAUGGAAAUCAUUGUCAAUAAAAAGACAUUAGAUGAUGGUGUGAGGAUCAUACAGCUAGAGACUGCUGUAGGGGCUGCAAUGAAGAACUUUGAAGGGGCUGUUGGUAUCAAUGUUCCUCGUCGCCGUUUCCUGCCGGUAAAGAAGACCUCUGACCUAUUAUUGGUGAAGUCCAACCUUUACCACAUGAGCCAUGGAGUCCUUAUCAUGAGUCCGCUCAGACAGUUCCCUUCCGUCCCCCUGGUCCAGCUUGGAUCUUUCUUUAAAAAGGUGAAUGACUUUCGUGAUCGCUUUGAGACCAUCCCAGACCUGCUUGAACUGGACCAUCUGACUGUCUCUGGCGAUGUCACAUUUGGCAAGGGGGUCAUUCUCAAGGGCACAGUGAUCAUAAUCGCUAACCAUGGUGACAGGAUAGACAUCCCUGCCGGUGCAAUACUUGAGAACAAGAUUGUGUCAGGCAACCUUCGCAUCCUGGAGCAUUAACAACCAACAUUAAAAGAUGACCCUUCUACCCCACCCCAAAAGAUUACCCUCCUACUCCAUCUGAAAAAUGACCCCUCCACCCUGACUCAGAAGAUGACCCCUGUAUCCCCCCCCCCAAAAGAUGAUCCCUCUACACCACCUCAAAAAGUGACCCGUCUACCCCAUCCGAAAAACAACCACUCUACCCAAACCCAAAAUAUGUCUCCUCUAUCCAAUCAAAAAAAUUACCCCUCUACCCCUCCCAAAAAAAUACCAUUCUACCAAACCUAAUAGAUGGCUCCUCUACCCAAUCCAAAAAAAUUACCCCUCUACCCCACCCAAAAAAUGACCUCUCUACCUAGCCCCAAAAGAUGACUCCAUCCCAACAAAUUAUAUGACACAAGAUAUGACAGAUGACAGAUGAUAUAACAAGGAUAUAACAGUUACUUCUCUCAAUGUUUGAUGAGUUUUAACUUUGAUUUAAAAAAGAGCAUUAGGUUUUAAUCAGCGACUUUGAAUCUUUAUCUAAACAAAAAAUUAAUAGUACUUAUAUAUCAGGAGAAGUGUAUUGGGUGUUUAUUGGGUUAUUUGGACUUUUGACACGUCAGGUGAUCAUAUUUGUCAACUUUUAUGGUUGCAAAUUAACAAAAUUGUUAGGUGCGUGAUGAUUUUAGACUUAAUUUUUUUUCCUUAAAUGUUUUUUUGGAUUUUACUUUUACGUGUGUGCUGCAACAGUGACAGCCAAGUUCUGGUUAUACUUUGUAUAAGAGUAAUAAAUAAGUAAAUAGAUAUGUAAAUGUAAAAACAGAAAUAAACAUAAUUUUUAGCAAA